CCCGCCGUGCAUAUCCCGGGCCGGACCGCGCCCCGGCACUGUCCGCACCGAGCACCGAGCCCCGCACGCACGGAUUUUGGCAGCCCCGGGGUCAGGAUGCCGUCGCAGCUGGAGCACGCCAUGGAGACGCUGAUGUUCACCUUCCACAAGUACGCGGGGGACAAGGAGCACCUGGCCAAGGAGGACCUCAGGGCGCUCAUGGACAAGGAGUUCCCGGGAUUCCUCGAGAACCAGCGCGACCCCAACGCCCUGGAUCGCAUCCUGCGGGACGUUGAGCAGAGCCGCGAUGGCCGCGUCGGCUUCCAGGGCUUCUUCUCGCUGGUGGCCGGGCUCACCAUUGCCUGCAACGACUACUUCGUGCAGCACAUGAAGCAGCGCGGCCACCGCUGAGCCCCCCACCCAUGGGUGCCCCCCACCCAUCUUAGGGUGUCACCCCAAACCCGCCUUGGAUCCUCCCUUAACCCUAAAUGUGUGCCUUGAUCCUUCCUUGGGGUUUUGAACCUUUCCUAUGAGGUCCUGACCCUCCCCGAUGGGCUGAGACGCCCCCCCCCAAAGGGGUGAUGAACCCCUCCCCACCCAUGGGUGCCCCCCACCCA